UAUAGAGGACAUCAUGAGAGAGACUGUGGAAAAAAUCCAAAAUACCACUCAUGGAUCUGGCUGUUUUGAACACUGCACGCCUCCGGAGCAAAGCAGCACGCCGGCCUGUGCUGCGGGCAGUCGCCUCCUGAGAUUUGGAGCCGUGGCUCUUAUUGUUGGUGCAGUGUUGAUGUUGUGUGCAUCCGUGGCUGCUCUCUACCUGUGGAAAGUCAGCGAUAAAAAUGUUUAUAAUGUUCGUUACAGCAUGAACAUCAAUGGGGAGGUGAGGCAGGGCUCCGUGGAAAUUGAUUCAGACAACAACCUGCAGAGAUUUAAAACCGGGAGUGGAGCUGAGGAAGCUGUGGAGAUUCAUGACUUUCAAAUUGGAAUAACCGGAAUCCGCUUCUUUGGAGGAGACAAGUGCUAUAUAAAAUCCCAAAUCAAAGCCAGCCUUCCCCACAUGGGAGCUCACAACAAAGAGUCGCUGAUGUUUGACCUGACAGAUGAAGACAUUCCAGUGAGGUUUGAUGAGAGGUUCGUCAUAUGGGUUUCUGCGGAGCAGCCGAUGAAGGACACCAGCUUUCUGAGUGAUAAAAUUCUGGGUCUUUGCGGGGAACUUCCCAUUUACUGGCUCCAACCAAUCUAUCCUAAAGAUGGGGAGAGGAGAAAGAGAGACGCACAGCGAGCCAAACGGCAGUUUAACAUAGAGGAGUUUGAGGCAGCUGCAGAGGAGAAGGACCCGGUGAGUCACGCAGAAGACGACACCUCCAGAGUCGUGAAGGAAGAGGAGGGGGCGCAGUCUGCUGCGGGGUCAGCAUACAAUCCCGAAAACCCCUAUCAUCGCAGCGGAGCGGCCGGAGAGGAAGGAGCCCUGACCUUUGACACCAUGUUAGACCACCAGGGGAUCUGCUGCUCAGAAUGCCAACGCAGCUACACUCACUGUCAGAGAAUAUGCGAGCCUCUGCGUGGCUACUGGCCCUGGCCCUACAACUACAGAGGAUGCCAGGUAGCUUGCAGAGUCAUUAUGCCCUGUCGCUGGUGGGUGGCACGCAUUUUAGGUGUUGUGUAAGAAAUCACGCUACACUUGUGAGAUAACAUAUCCUCUUCUGUUUUUUCUCCAAAGACCCCUGAGGUCUCUAAACUUUCUGCUUCUACGCAGUUGUUCAUGCAGAUAUUUAUUUCCUGAGUUUGACUGUAAAUACAUUCAGAAAGCUGUUAGCAUGAAAUGCAGAUCAUGAUGUGUGAUUAUCUAUACUAUAAUACCUACACUAUACUAUAGGGCUGCAUGUAUCACGAUACAGGGGUUACAAUUCAAUAUAUUGCAACAUAUAAAUCUGUUUUUGGAAAACAUAGUAUAAAAAACAGACCACCAUAUGAACAGUGGGAUCUGUACUUGCAUUUAUCAGUCCCUGCAACAUUCAACAUCAUAGCACUACUUUUUGUGGAAUCAGAGCAAAAGAAUUUCAACCAGCUUUGUAUCAUACCAAUGUGGGAACUGAGUGUCUGAGUAUCUUACCAGUGCCCAGAUAGCAAAUUUGCAAAUCGUAGGAUGGUGAAGGAAUGACCUGCCCUACUCUCCCUAUGACUGGCUAGUACUUUUUGCCUUUGGUGGUUGGAUUUGUUACAUUUAGGCAAUAGAAGUGGGAUUGGUAAAGGUUAGGGGAAGAAUGUCAGGGUAAGGCAGAGUAAGGUGGGCCAUUCCUUCACCAUCUUAUUCUCAUUAAUUAAAUUUGCAUCCAGAUCUCUGUGCUCCUCUCCACGUUGCUAGCUGGAACCAAAAUAAUACAGAUUGUACUUCCGUUUUUGGGAGUUUUAUAUGCCAGUGUAUACAUCCAUGGCCACCACAGACACAAAGAGUAUAGAAGUGGCUCAAGAGAGACACCCACUUGUUACUCUGAAACUCAGACCAAAUGGUAAAACUAAGCAGCAAAUAUCAACCAAAAUUCGGUUGCUGUGUUGCCUAUUUUUCGCUUAAAAUAUCCUCAGAAACAUAUUUCAGUGGAAUGUUUGGCUGUUACGUAAGAAUAUGUGAUCAGGAAGUGGCCACCAUACUGAUUCCUGUAUUGAUCAAACAGUAAAACUAAGCAGUGCUGAUAAAAUAUGAACCAAGAUUCAGUUACUGUGUUGCCUAUUUCUCAGCUAAAAUGUUUUCAGAAACAUAUUUACUUACUGUUUAACUGAUAUUUGAGAUUAUUUAACAUCAUCCCUGGUGGACUCUAUUUGUUGCCUGUGGGUGCAGUGCAUUCUGGUAAUCAUAGGUUUUUUGCCUCUUGAGUAAAAGCAAAUGCCAUAUUCCUUUUCCUCAGUUUUCUCUGGUCGCACGCACCAAUUUCAAAGGAAUUUGCAUCUUUCUACUGCAUAGAAAGCCAUUUUUUUUAAAAGACCUUCUUUCCAGCAGUAAAAUAUUGCUUUAACAUUUGCCUACAUUAGAAAAAUAUAAAUAAAUAAAUGUAUUAAAGUGCUUGCAGGAUCCUUAAGGUAAAGAAAUUAAGGAACUAAAAAAUUGUAGCAAUUAAAAAUUGAUAGUGUUUUUCAGAUUUGAUAUACAGUAGUAUUUCAAAAUAUAAUGUCCUGAUAUUCAAGUGUAUCAGUAUGUUCUUAGACCCCUAAUAUACUAUGGAUAUUAUACUAUAAUUCUCAUCCAGAUGAAAUAUUUAACAGGUCAUUUCCCUUUGUAGGCUACUUCUUUACAUACAGUAAACCUGGAAUACAUAAAUGCCAUUUUCCUAUUUGCAGCAACAGACUCACAAAUGAACACAUUCAUUUUUGCAUCAUGUAAUACCAAAGCUUAAUGCGCUGUACUAUGUUUAAUGGAAGGUAUGGGACUGAAU